AAGAACUGAAAAAACAAACCAGUGUGAGUGAGAGAGAGAGAGAGAGGGUUCUCUUCUCACUUCCAUUUUUCACUGUUUUCCACAUCUAUUCUCUUCCAUGGAGACCAUCUUCUCUCCUCGAUCAAUCUGUCCUCUGAUCAACCCCAAAUUAUCCCCAUCAAAAACCAUUUUAUCUCCUCUGCAACCUAGGUCAAAUUCUCUCUCUCUAAUCAGACCCAUCAAUUCAAAUCUCAGGAAAUCAUCUCCUCCAUCAUUAACAUCCUCAUCUUCAAUCCCCAAAAACUGGAUUUCUCAUGUCCAGCAUGGAUUAGCAGCUUUAGCCCUCUCUCUUGCUAUCAAUUUCUUCCCAGCUUCUGUUACUGAUUCAGCAAUGGCAUCUGAAUUUGAUAUCCUCAAUGGAGGACCACCGAAAGAAUCAUAUGUUUUGGAUGAUGCAGGUGUUCUUAGCCGAGUGACUAAAUCUGAUCUCAAACAGUUGCUAUCGGAUUUGGAGUCAAGAAAGAGUUUCCAUAUAAAUUUUGUGACGGUUCGCAAGCUUACUAGUAAAGCUGAUGCUUUUGAGUACGGUGACCAAGUAUUGGAACGUUGGUAUCCAACAAUUGAAGAAGGAAACAAUAAAGGGAUUGUUGUGCUUGUUACCAGUCAGAAAGAAGGGGCAAUCACUGGCGGUCCUGCAUUUAUCCAGGCUGUUGGAGAGAAUGUUCUUGAUUCCACAGUAUCAGAAAACCUUCCUGUUCUGGCUACGGAAGAAAAGUACAAUGAGGCCAUGUAUAGCACAGCCAAACGGCUGGUUGCUGCCAUUGAUGGAUUGCCGGAUCCUGGUGGGCCCAAGUUUCAGGAAAACAAAAGAGAAUCCAACUUCAAAAGUAAGGAAGAGACUGAUGAGAAACGUGGGCAGUUCACUCUUGUAGUUGGAGGGUUGUUAGUAAUUGCCUUUGUUGUCCCAAUGGCACAGUACUAUGCUUAUGUCUCCAAAAAGUAAGUCAUCUCUGUAUAACAUUAAUUGUAAAAAAAUCUUAUAUAGAGUAGACAGUUAACAUGAAAUUGUUGGCAAGAGGACAAGAACAGAUUUUUGAAUUAUAUAUUAAUAAUAUGUAUUUCAAAAUUA